CCCGAACCUGCUCCCAGUGCAGCGCGGCGCGGCGCGGCCGGAGGGAGGGAGCUCGGAGCGCGCAGGCAGCGCCCGGCGCCAGAUCCCUGCCACACUGUAGCUGGUGGCCAGUGGCCUCGGAGCCCCCUGCACCAUGGCCAGUGAGAAGAUGCAUGGUGCCCCGGACCUGCUGGACCUCAGCUUCCAGUCCCUAGCUAUGAAGCACAUUGACCUGAAGCAGGUGGAACUGGACACGGCCGUAGCCAAGGUGGAUGAGCUGUCCAGACAGCUGGAAACCCUGUGGACGGACAGCCCAGGGCAGACUGCUGGGCAACCCAAGGUGGACAGAUACGGCGCCAGCCCCUCGCACGCCCCAGAGCCGCUUCGCUUGGCCACGUCCCCACAGCUUCAGUACGCCAGGAAGAACUUGUCUCUGGAGAGCACCGACAGCUACAUCUCCUACCACGCUGAGACCUUCUCACCCACCGCCGUCUACAGCCCACCUGCCAAGGCCCACCCCGCCUCUCCCCAGUCCCCCUUCUACCUGCAGGGCGAGCCCCUGGAGCGGGCCCAGUCGCCCCGGCCCAAGGUGCUGCCCGUCUCUUACGACUCGCUGCCCCUGCCCAGCCCCAAGGGACGCGCGCCCUCCCCGCGUUCCCUGUGGCAGGCUGGUGCCGCGGAGCGCCUGGCCUUCUCCAGGCCGGUGGGCCGCGUGGGCUCCCCCAGGUUGGUGCCGACCCCCUCUGAGGCCUCGGCGCCACAGAUAUUCUUCCCGGACCGCGCGCUGUCUCCCCGGCCACCCCACCCGCCGCCCUACGAGAGCCACAGCCUGUUCCCCACUGGGCCCAGCUCCUUCGCCCCCUUCCGGGCCCAAGACGACCUGGUGAUCCGGCGAAGGCCCCAGAGGAGCUGGAACGAGUCGGACCUGGACGUGGCGUACGAGAAGAAAUCGUCCCACUCGGCCGGCUACGAGAGAGGAGACGUGCACGCAGGGCUCAGGCAGGCACCUGCGGGGCUGCAGCUGGCUCCUUGGAGGGAAUCGAGCCUGGAUGGGGCCGCAGGGCAAGGCAAGGACGAGUGCCCCCAGCCUUACGCCAUCCACAGCGCCACGCUGCCACGCAACUACAAAGUGUCCCUGCUGCCCGGCGAGCGCAGACCAGACAGCUCCUUCCGCAGGCUGCUGCCCACCAGCCAGACGGGCACCCUGCCCCGCAACUGGCAGUUCUCCCAGCAGCCCGUCUCGCGCAUCGCCAUGCCGCCUCCCAGCCCGCAGGGCAUGCGGGCGAAGCGCCACAAGCCCCUGCCCCUCUCCAUGAUCUUCAAGCUGCAAAACGCCUUCUGGGCGUCCGGAGCCUCCAGUGCCAAGGGCCAGCCCCAGGGGGCCCCAGGCUCCCCCAUCUUCCUCCGCUCCCCACAGAAGCAGCCCCAGCUCCAGCAGCCAUCUCCUCCGGCCCAGGCUCCGCUGCGACCGGUCCCGUCGGGGGCUGAAGCAACGGGAAGGGCCUCAGCCCUCGAAGCACCAGUGGAGCCUGUGCGAGGGGCCCCGGCGGGGGGCGACACGGAGCCCGAGCUGGAGAGCAUCCUACGGGGCAGCGAGGUGGCAGAGGCGGAGGAGGUGGCUCGCCCCUUGAGCCCCACCCGCCUGCAGCCUGUCCUGCCCCCCGAGGCUCAGAAGGUGCCCGAGUUCGAGGAGGUGGCCCGGGUGCUGGCGGAAAUUCCCCGGCCCCUGAAGCGCCGCGGCUCCAUGGAGCAGAGCCCCGGCCCUGCGCUGCCGCCCACCCACAAGAAGCAAUACCAGCAGCUCAUCAGCCGCCUCUUCCAUCACCGGGGCCGCAAGGACGACGCCGUGUCGGCGGGAGACGACCUGCCGCUCAUCACGGAGACAGCUGAGCUGAAGGCAGCAACCCCGGGCAGCCCUGCCCCGGUGCCCGCACCCCAGAGCUCGCCAGCACCCGCAGCGUCGCCCCUGCUGGCUGUUACGGAGAGCCCUGGCACCCCGACGCCCAGCCCUGGCACCCCGACGCCCAGCCCUGGCACCCCGACGCCCAGCCCUGAGAAGCGCUCGGUGCUGCGCAAGCUCUCGUCCCCGAGGCGGCGGCUGGGGAAACGGGUGCAGCUCAACCCCCUGGUGCUGCUGCUGGACGCGGCCCUGACGGGCGAGCUGGACGUGGUGCAGCAGGCAGUGAACGAGCUCAACGACCCGAGCCAGCCCAACGACGAGGGCAUCACGGCGCUGCACAACGCGAUCUGCGGGGCCAACCACAACAUCGUCGACUUCCUCAUCGCCGUGGGCGCCAACGUCAACUCCAUGGACAGCCACGGAUGGACUCCCCUGCACUGCGCCGCCUCCUGCAACGACACGGCCAUCUGCAUGGCCCUCAUCCGGCAUGGAGCCGCCAUCUUCACCACCACCUUCAGCGACGGCAGCAUGGCCUUGGAGAAGUGCGACCCCUACCGCGAGGGCUACAGCGAGUGCUUCAACUACCUGGCUGAUGUGGAGCAGAACAUGGGGCUGCUGAACAACGGGGUGGUGUACGCGCUGUGGGACUACAGCGCCGAGUUCAGCGACGAGCUGUCGUUCCGCGAGGGGGAGCCGGUCACUGUGCUGCGGCGCGACAGCCAGGAGGAGCUGGACUGGUGGUGGGCCUCGCUCUAUGGCCAGGAGGGCUACGUGCCCAAGAACUACUUUGGGCUGUUCCCCAGGGUGAGGCCUCAGCGGAAGGUCUAAUGCGCCAGCACACGGCCCAUCUGCUGCUGCUACAGACCGGGGAAUGCAGCUGGCACCUGAUGAACUUAGGGGCUGGGGAGAACAUGGGGCUCUGCUGCUGGGAUUCUCCCCUGCUGGGAAGUGCGCCCCUCUCCCAAGGACUUGGUCAAUUGGCCCCUGGGGGCUGUGUGGAUGGGGGGCAGGGCUGGCAGGGAGCCAGGUGGACCGGGCAGCGUCCUGCUGGCAGAGAGGUGGGAUGGGGGGAG